GACAACCGCAUCCUUCUUCCUUCCAGUUUCGCCAACCCCUUACUCAUAUCAUCACCUUUUCCAUCUCUUUGUCUCGUCACAACUUCCAUUAUAUUCCCGUUGGCGUCUUGGCUCGCCGGUUCAGUAUUGUGUCGGCCCGGCUGCGUCUGUCAGACAGGGCAUGUAAGUCGGCGCAAUGGCGGAUGCCGGUGAUCACGCAGACAGGAACGAGAUAAAGCCGUACAGAAUACAUGUAUCCACAAAGUACCUCGAACUCACCAAGCGGAAGCUAGAGCUCACUCGUCUUCCUCACGAGGGGUCUACGCACAAGCCCGAGGACUGGUGGGAGCCCAAACCGCAGGUCGAGCGGCUCAUCGACUUCUGGCUUGAUAAGUACUCUUGGCGGGAUCAGGAGCGGAUCCUCAACGACUCCCUGCCCCAGUUUCGCACGGCCAUUGCCCUUCCGUCGUUGGAGUCUCCGCUGAGGAUUCACUUCAUCCACAUACGCUCACCUCAUGCGAACGCCAUCCCGCUGCUCCUGAUACCCCCAUUCCCCUUCACAAACCUAUCCCUGAGUCAUGUCGCAAAGGCGUUUACGAGCCCGGAGGACGGCAGCGCAAGCCACCAACGCUUCCACCUCGUCAUCCCCUCCCUCCCGGGCCUCGGCUUCAGCGACCCGCUCCCCUACAACGCGCCCGCCAUAUCCACCGCCGCCGACCUCCUCGACGCGCUGAUGGCCCGCCUCUCGUACCCGAGCUACCUCGUCACCAACACCGGCGCCGCGUCCCCGUCCCCGGCGGGCAUAGACGGGAGGCUGAUCGAUAGCCUCGCGACCCGGCACGCCGCCACCUGCCUCGGCGCCCACCUCAUCUCGCCGCCCCUCGCCCCGCCCAGGCCGCGCGACGCCCCCUGGGAGUGGGCAAAGUGGUCUGUCGCCAACUUCUUCCACGCGGGGAUCCUCGGCUACAGCGACGACGACUUCGCGGCCCUGCGGCGCGCGUACAUGUCAUCACCAUCACCAUCAUCCCCGACUCCGACGUCCGCGAGCAGCGCCUCAAGACAACCGGCCCGACCGUCGGCCGGCCCGGGCGGGUUGGCGUCGGGCCUGGGCCUGGGCCUGCUGCUGCGCGACCCCAACGCCCUGGCGUACGCGCUCUGCGACUCGCCAACGGGCCUGCUGGUGUGCGUGAUGCUGGGCCUGCGGGCGCUGGGGGCGAGCCCGAGCCAGCGGCGCGGAAGCUUCUCCCGCGAGCAGGUCGUCACCCUCGCCGAGCUGGCGUGGCUGCCGGGGCCCGAGUACGCGAUGCGGUUCUGGGCGCGGUGCGAGGCGGGGCGGGGCGACGACGACGGGGCGGAGGAGGAGGCGGCGGGGAAGGGCAGGGGGAGGGGUAAGAGAGUUGCGUCAGAUUCCAGGCCGAGGGUGGCUAUAACUGUCUUCUUGGGAGGGGAGGAUGUGGAUGAGGCGGGGGGUGGUGGGGGACUUACUGGCGCGGAGGGUGAUGAUGACGAGGUUGACGUCCUCCCGGAGCUUAAGCAGGGCGAGGACGCCAGGGAGAGGUACGUCUUCCCGACAUGGGGCAACGCGCGUUACGACGUGGUCUACACGCAACGGGUGAAGGGGAGGCCGGGACUGCUGGCCUGGGAACGGCCCGAGGUGAUCGCCGCGGGGGUCGCGGGCCUGGCCAAGGAGGUUCUCAGGUUAGACAAGAGGCUCGAACCUGCCGUGUCGGAGACGCAUACUGUGCCGCUUCAGCGCGUCGUUGUCCAGGCUGAGAAUACCGGCAAGGAUCAGGGCCCUCUGACGAAAGGGAAGGACUUGGCACGCCAGCAAGUGGAAGGGCCGGCCGAAUCCUCGAGGCGGCGGUCCGUGACACGCCCGGAGGACUCUGGCAAGGGGAAGGGAAAGGAAGUAGAACCCCCCCGGCGCACCCUCGCCGAAAGGCAAGGUCCGGACGCCUUGCCCGUUUUGACUUCCCCCGUUUGAGUCGCCAUGUUUGGAGCACCUAUGGG